AAUGCCAAACCUUUUAUUUUGAAAUUACCGAGUUUCCUUCUUCCUUCCUUCGGCUGCGUCGUUCGACAAGGCGAAGAGAAAAACGAACCGAGGUCGCCUCUGCCCCCGAAAAGACUUCGCUUUGGAUAAUACAAUGGAUACUACGGAGAAGAAGCUCGCGGAGUUGGUACAGAAAUACCCACACCUGUACGACUCGUCCCAGCGAGACUACAAAGACAUCGCAAAAACACACGUUUCGUGGGUAGAAAUCGCCGACGCCAUGAGAAUGUCGGAAGCAGAAGUGAAGACGAAAUGGAAAAACAUACGCGACAAGUUCUGCAAAGCGAAGCGCCGAGUGGUGCUGAAGAACAUGUCGCGGAUCUCCGACCCUGGCGCGAACAUCCUGAAAGAGACGCGCCUGCCGUGGAUUUACAUGCAGCUGCCCUGGCUGGACGAUUAUGUUAAAUUAAAAUCAGUAGACGAAUUAAAGGAGGUAGAUGACCUGCACCAACAGUGGGUAAAAGACAAAGAGGAGCAGCAUGGUGCCAUGCCCAUCAUCUUGGCGACUGAUAGAACUCAUGAACUGGAGCAACAGUGUGAUAAAAGACAAGGGAAGGACGAGCGCCACACAUCACUGCCUGUCAUCAGCACAGGUUUUUCCCUUGUAGAGUCCUCUUUAAGCAGGCCUCAUGAUAUAAGAGCCACUACUAAUAUGAAAGAGCAAGAAACCACAGAAGAAGAGAGGAUUGCUGCAGACCCUAUCAGCAGCUACAGAGAUGAAGAUGAACUCUUUCUGUUGAGCCUGCUGCCCUCACUAAAAAGGCUCACCACAAAAAAAAGGAUGGAGGUGCGGAUGAAGUUCCAACAGGUUCUUUAUGCUGCAGAGUUUGACGACUAGGACUUCCAAGAAUCUCCUGAAGGCUGCAGGAAGUCGCUGCAUCACGUUUGGAGUCUUCUUCGGUAUAUUAUUCUUAUAUGUUUCAUAAAUUAUUGUUUGCAUAUUUGGUUGUUUUAAAAUAGCUAAUGUUUGUGGGAUUGGAUGGUUUUCUUAUUUCUCACAAAGGUUAAUACUGUAUGUAUGUAAUGUGAAAUGAGGUAAUAACCUUGUUUUAGUUUUCAAAUUCAUUAAAUUGAAAAAAUUCCUAUAAGGACCAUACUUUCUUCCUUUGCAAACAGGGAUAAUAACGACACUCUUGGAGUCAAAUGUUUUAGUAGAGUGGGCAAAUGUUUGAACAAGUUAAGCUAAAUCAUCAUUAAUUGAAAAUGACAUUUCCCAACAUUGUAAUUUUUCUAUGUAAAGAGGUUGAAAGUAAAAAGAAGCAAGCUUUCUUUUUGAUUUGGUAAACAUGACAUUUUGUUGGAACUUCUCCCUUAAUUUAACCAAAGAAAUCUACUGUUCAUCUCAUUUACUGAAUUGCAUUUUGCACUUGUUUCAAAAU